CAAAAUUAUCACGAGACUUCAGGGGAAGUCUGCACGCGUUCUAUGCGCCUACACUUGUGUUCAUUGAUCUUUUUUGUUUUUUUAUUUCUAUCUGUAAAAACCUGAAAUUACAAAUUAGUGACCGACAGCCCAGCUGAAUUCAUGCUAAUUUUUCUCCCAUCCCGUCCCGUCCCGGCCUCUCUGGUGUGAAGAAACAACUGUGAACUGCUGAAGUGUAUUAGUAUAAUCUAAUGGUAAUUAAAGUCAAACAGUGUUUCCAAGUUGGUGAAAUUAAUUCGAAAAAUCUUUACCAAAGAGUUGAAGAAAGAAGCCCAUUUUUUUAAAGUUAGUUAACCAGCUUUUCCCCAGGAUGAAGAAGCUUUUAACACAAAAGGGUUGGUUCCAAAAGUCAUUUGCUGACAUCUGUACAAACUUCCAGAUGAAAAGUUGGGAGGCUUUUCUUUGAGAGAAAUCGAGAAAACUUUUAUGAAUUAGCUCGAAUUUGUACUUGUAGUGAUGAAGAUGGACCAAGAGCUUGGUAAACCCAAUGGAUCAUCAUGUCAAAAUACGCACAAACCUUUCCCAGAGAAGAUCUUGCUUCCAAUGCUAGCUAAGAGCAUUCCCGGCCGAUCAUCAGUGGCUGUACUACUUUUGCUGAUUCUUCUGUGUUCUGGCGCUUUCUUUUCCACUCGUUUGCUCGAUUCUUCCCCAAGUGUAAGUUGUUAAACCCAGGCAGUAGUACUUCUCCUUUAGUUCUUGUCUUUGUACACUUAAAUUCCCUUUUUCCUACUGAUCAGAGACAGUCGAUUACGCUCUCUGCCACUCUCCUUAAUUCAUUCUACUUUUUCACUUACUUAUUGUUUAUUACUAUACUAAUUGUCGUUGGCAUUAUUCGAGAUUUUGAUUUUUGAACAAUAAGUAGUAAAACUUAAAGUUUAUGAUUAUUAUGUUAUUACAAUGAUUUGAAAGUUGCAUCUGGAAACGACGUUGUGGGUUUAAGAUGUUUUAAAACGUUUGCAAUGAUUAGUCUUGUUCAAAAACUAGUAUUUUUUUGGGAUACGUGAUUCUUCUUCUUCUUCCUUUCUUUUUUCUUUUUCUUCUUUUCCCCAACAGUUCAAUGGAUUUCAUCUGCAGCAUCAAUCCAUAUUUUCCCCCUUAAAAUCUCAUAACUUCACAAGCCCAUCUGACAAUGCGGUGGUUCAAAAACAAAAGAAGGUGGUCGAAAUCCCGCUGAAUUGUUCAAUCGGCGUGACAAAGGGGAACUGCCCUGCUAACUACUACCCAUCAAAAUACUCUCCAGAAAAUCCGGACCCACCAUCAGAGGAGGAGCGGCCCACUUGCCCGGACUACUUCAGAUGGAUCCACGACGAUUUAUGGCCGUGGAGGGAGACUGGGAUUACGGAAUCUAUGGUGCAGGCGGCCCGGAGAACUGCCAAUUUCAGGCUGGUUAUACUCAAUGGAAGGGCUUAUGUGGAGACUUAUCAGAAAUCAUUCCAGAGUAGAGACACUUUUACACUCUGGGGAAUUCUUCAGUUGCUGCGGAGGUACCCUGGUCAAAUCCCUGAUUUGGACCUCAUGUUUGACUGCGUUGACUGGCCAGUCGUUAAGAAACGAGAUUUCAUCGACCGGCCUGAUCACUCGACUCCGCCACCUCUGUUCCGCUAUUGCGGGAAUGAUGAUACCUUCGACAUUGUUUUUCCAGAUUGGUCUUUUUGGGGAUGGCCUGAAAUCAAUAUUAAGCCCUGGGAGCAGUUGUCAGAGGAUCUUAGAGAAGGGAAUCGGAGGAGUACAUGGGUAGAUAGGGAACCUUAUGCUUUUUGGAAGGGUAACCCUAUAGUGGCGAAAACCAGGGAGGACUUGCUCAAGUGCAACGUUUCUGACACUCAGGAUUGGGGUGCUCGUGUUUAUGCUCAGGACUGGAAUAAAGAACAGCAACAAGGUUACAAACAAUCGGACCUGGCCAGCCAAUGCAUACACAGAUACAAGAUAUAUAUUGAAGGAUCGGCAUGGUCAGUCAGUGAGAAGUACAUUCUUGCUUGUAAUUCUCUGACACUGUUAGUAAAGACGCAUUACUAUGAUUUUUUCACAAGAAGCUUGAUGCCUUUACAACACUAUUGGCCUGUUAAAGAUGAAGACAAGUGCAGAUCGAUAAAGCAUGCAGUUGAAUGGGGUAACAAAAAUCAAGAAAAGGCACAGGAGAUAGGUCAAACAGCCAGUAGAUUUAUUCUGGACGAACUGAAAAUGGAUAAUGUAUACGAUUAUAUGUUUCAUGUCUUGAGCGAGUACGCUAAACUUCUGAAAUACAAACCGACUAUUCCUCCAAACGCAGUUGAACUUUGUUCGGAGGCCAUGGCUUGCCCGGCAGGUGGAUUAGAGAAGAAGUUCAUGGAGGACUCCAUUGCAAGGGGUCCAAAUACCAAUAUCCCUUGCUCCUUGCCACCUCCUUAUGGCCCUGCAAGUUUUCAUAUUAUCACUGAGAAAACAGAAAGCUUGAUAGAAGAAGUAGAUAGAUUAGAAAAACAGUAUUGGAACAAUACAUCUUAGCUUUUUUGUCUUUUCAAUAUUAGAACAGAUUUACCCUUAUGCUCAUUUUAGAUGUUCUCAUAAAGUGGUGCGUGUUCAUAGAAGGAAAAGCACUUCAAUAGGAAAGAGGUACAUUGUUGUAUGAUUUCUUUUCUCUCAAAAUUCGAUUCAAUAUUGCAUGUCUUACUUGGUCAAUGUUCAAAUGUGU